AGCAAGCCCUGUUCACCCCACAGAGAGUGGUGUGCGAAUUGUGCCACGUGGCUUACUGAUAAGGCAGGAGGCCACUUAACCACUGCCAGAAAGCACUUGCCUUUUCUCCCCUUUCUGCUUAGAGUCCGCGAAGGGCUGGAAGGAGAAAAUGAGGGUUCCCUGGCUUCUGCUUCUCCUUGGCCUGGCCUAUCCGUCUCUCUCUACGGCAGAAGGUGGCAUUGGGCCAUCGGAGAGGAAUCCAAAGAAAGCCAAAGUCCCCGGCAUCAAAGAGGAGGGUAAUGUCCUACUCCUGAAGAAGAGCAACUUUGACAGGGCCCUGAAUGAGACCAAGUACCUCUUGGUGGAGUUCUAUAUUGCUCUCUCUGGGCCCUCCCAGACUUUGACGACAGAAUUUGCUAAAGCAGCCGAAGAGCUUAGAAAGGAAGCUGUAGCCAUCCGCUUUGGCAAAGUGGACGUGACAGAUCAGAAAGACUUGAAAAAGGAAUUCAACAUCCAGGAAUAUCCGACCCUGAAGUUUUUUGUAGAUGGCGACAGGGAAAAUCCCAUUGACUGCAAAGGAGUUAGAGAAGCCUCUGCCUUUGUUACGUGGGUGAAAAGAAGAAUCGGAGCCAGCACCGUCCUCAUUAACAGCACAGAGCAGGCGAAAGCCUUUGUCGGUCCUGAGGAUUUGGCAGUGGUUGGCUUUUUUAAGGCACCCCAAGGAGAAGCAGUGGGCAUCUUCUGUGAGGCUGCAAGAGACGUCCCGGAACUCCCGUUUGGCCUGACAGCCAGCGAAGAGGUCUUCACGCACUUUGGUGUCAGAGAAGACAUGGUGGUCGUAUUCCAAAAGGGGAAACCGGUCCAUAACGAAGCAUCUGAGGAAGGCAAACUGAACAAAGUCGAGCUUACAAGAUUAAUAAAAACUUUUACCAUGGACUUAGUGAUAGAAUAUAAUCUUGAGACAUCUGUGAAGAUUUUUGAUGUCCCUGUAGAAAACCACAUUGUUCUGUUCAUGCCGAAGAAUUCAGAUGCAUUCAGUGAGGCUUAUGAAAAUUAUGUGGCUGCUGCCCUGGAAUUCAGAGGGAAGAUCAUGUUCAUCUUCGUGGAUACCGAUGAAACCAGAAAUGGCCGUGUGAUCGAAUACUUCCGUGUCAUGGAGGUGGAGGUGCCUGCCAUUCAGAUCUUGAACUUGACCAACGAUGCCCGAUACAAGAUGCCAGCUGAGGAGGUGACCACCGAGAAUGUGCGAAGCUUUUGCCAGAGCUACUUAGGAGGAACAGCAAAGCAACAUUGGUCCAGUGAGGAAAUCGCCGAAGGCUGGGACAAGAAGCCUGUUAAAGUGCUCGUUGGGAAAAACUUCGACAGGGUGGCCUUUAAUAAGAAGAACCAUGUCUUUGUAAUGUUCUAUGCACCCUGGUCGGGUGCCUGCCAGAAACUGGCACCAAUUUGGGAAGAGCUUGGCAAAAUGUACGAGAACCGCAAGAACAUCGUGAUUGCCAAGAUAGACUGCACAGCCAAUGAAAUCCUGUUGGUCAACCUGGAGCGCUACCCAUUCUUCAGGUUAUUUCCUGCAGGAUCUGAAACCGAGGUCGUCCCAUACAAAGGGGAACACAGCCUUGAUGCAUUUGCUAGCUUCCUAGAAGAACAAAUCAAGGCAAGGAAGAAGGUAAAGGCGUCCUCAAAGACCCACAAGGAAGACCUUCUAACGAAAGAGGAAGAAAUCGCACAGAAAGAGGAGCUUUAAAGCAGAAAGAAUGCCGGUUUCUCAAGGAUGGCUGCGGAUUGUUCAGGAGGAUUUCAAACUGACGAUGAGAUUUUAAGAAGGCCUGCAAAUAAAGGAAGGCCAAACAGCC